GAUGCUCUGACCCAAUCUGCCUCUGACCCAAACUGCCGCAGCUGCCUCCGCCACCAACCCGGCACCUAGAGCCCCAGUCCCAGAGCCCAAGAACUUGGGCCUGCCCUUCCCCUCUCCAGGCCAGGAUGAUUCUUCGAUUAAUCAUGCUUGCUCUGCUGACAGGGCAUGUAGGGGGAGAGACCAGGAUCAUCAAGGGGUAUGAGUGCUCUCCUCAUUCCCAGCCCUGGCAGGUGGCUCUGUUCCAGAAGACACGGCUGCUCUGUGGGGCAACCCUCAUCGCUCCCAAAUGGCUCCUGACAGCAGCUCACUGCCGCAAGCCCCAGUACGUGGUUCAUCUGGGGGAACACAACCUCCGGCGGCGGGAUGGCUGUGAGCAGACCCGAAUGGCCACCGAGUCCUUCCCCCACCCAGACUUCAACAACAGCCACCCCAACAAAGACCACCGCAAUGACAUCAUGCUGGUGAAGAUGACGACAGCAGCCUUCAUCACCAGGGCCGUGCGACCGCUCACCCUGUCAUCUAGCUGUGUCACUCCUGGCACCCACUGCCUCAUUUCCGGCUGGGGCACCACGUCCAGCUCCGAGUUGCACCUGCCCUAUACCUUGCGAUGUGCCAACAUCACCAUCAUUAAGCACAAGGAGUGUGAGAAGGCCUAUCCCGGCAACAUCACGGACACCAUGGUGUGUGCCAGUGUUCGGGAAGAGGGCAAGGAUUCCUGCCAGGGUGACUCUGGGGGCCCUCUGGUCUGUGAUGGAUCUCUUCAAGGCAUUAUCUCCUGGGGCCAGGAUCCGUGUGCUGUCACCAGAAAGCCUGGUGUCUAUACAAAGGUCUGCAAAUAUGUAGACUGGGUCCAGAAGACUAUGGAGAAUAACUAGCCAGGACCAGCCCAACACCCCUGAUUUCUAUUUGCUGAUGUUGCUCUUGUUCAUUCUGUUAAUAGUCAAGCCAGAGCAAUGACGCCUUUAUGUAUUUUCUUUUCAUGCCUCCUUGACUAUGAGAGAUGCUAUAGCUUAAUAAUCAACUUGGGGUUUGGAAUCAGUGAGGCCUGGGUUCAAAUCUUGCCUUGUACUAAUUUGUGAUUCUGGGACAGAUAAUAGUUGUUUGGUUCACUGUUGUAUCCCCAAGCCCCAAAGACAGUUUCUGGCACU